AUGGGGAACUCACAAUCAAGACGCUGGCAGGAACAGAAUCUCCCGCCCCACCUGGUGAACAAUCCAGAAGUAAUUGCCUUCCUCGCCAUCACCCUCCGCGACGACGGCAGCAGCGCGGACUCGGCAGAGCCUGUUCCUGUCUGCGGCAUUCCUUUCAAGGAACUAUCUUCCAGCUGGCUGGAAGCAGCGAAUCAGAUCCAAAAAGCAUUCCUCCGCGAUGCGCCUCCUAUCUAUGUCCUUUAUCAGAACAAGCGCAUCACUCCCCAUCAUUGGACAGUAAAAAAGUCAAAAAUGGCUGGGAAUGUCGCCUUCGCCUACUUCGAGGAGCGCACGCCCUACCAGUUUCUUGACACUAGAGUCCUCGUCAACGCAGCGUUUGAGGUCAACGUCACUAUUAUUUCGAGCCCCUUUCCCGAAAUCACUUUUCCUCCUCUCAAAUUACAGAUCCUUCCCGCCUCCAGCGUCGAGGCUCUGCGUUCGCUGAUUGGGAGAUGGAUUGAACUGGAGGUCAAGGAGGCGUUGCAGAAGGAUCUUAGAUUGAGUGAGGAGACGCUGGUCUUGCAUAUGGUGCAGAAGCAACCGAUACAUCUUCCUACGGGUAGAAGAAGAGCUGCAUCGUCUCCUGCAAGAAGUAUGCGAGUUGAGGGGAUGACCUAUGACAUGCUUUCCCAGUCUGCGCUGGCUCAGAGCGGGGUAGGAAGAGCUAGCGUUGAGGCAAGGCGUGCCAGGGCGGAGCCAGUAAUGCUGCCACAGACUGGCAAAGUUGGAGAGUGGACUGGCUCGUCCUUGUGCGUCUGCGUAUUAGAGGUUGGGUUGAACUGGGUUUGA